UUUUAUCUCGCUUGACACAGAUAAGGGGAGGGUUGGUGUCUGUCAUUGUGAUGUGAGCCCGAGGCUGAAGUCCAGCUGUAACUGGGCAGGAGAGUUUGUGUGAACGGACCUGCAGUCGACAGCCCUGUUUACAUUCUGGUGCUUUUCAUUCAGUAAGUGUACUAACACAGCAGGAGCGUGGGAGAAGAUCUGGGUACCGAGGACACCAUAUCUCUACUCUCUCGCCUCUUCACUGAAGGAAAGUGAAGGAUGAAGUGUGUGAGUCGCUGGCUGCCGGCAGUGGCCCUGCUGCUGCUCAGUGUGGCCGGAGUUGACACGGAGCAUCUCCAAGCUGAGAACCUGGAUCUCCUUCCCCCAGAUGAGCACAACCUGGUCCUGAAUCGUGGAAUGAGAGUGCUGCCCAGAGACUGCCACGAAAUGCUGAUGACCUCUUCGGGCCAGGCCAGAGACGGGGUGUACCUGAUCCAACCAGGUGACUCCCCCAUCGUGGCCUACUGUGCCAUGCAAGAGGGAGGCUGGACUGUGGUGCAGCAUAUUACCGUCAAUAGCAGCGUGAAUUUCGAUCGCACCUGGGUCGAGUAUAAGCACGGCUUCGGGGCUGUAACUGGUGAUCACUGGCUCGGGAACGAAUACCUUCAUCAGCUCACCCGCGGCCCCGGGCGCUAUAAACUGGGAGUAAAACUAGUGGACCGAGAUGCCGUCACCAAGACAGGAGAGUAUGAUCCAUUCCUGGUGGAGGAUGAAUCAUCAGCGUACAGGCUGAGGCUGGGGUUGUUCCAGGGCACAGCUAUAGACGCUCUGACUCUGGACACAGAGAACUACCUGCAUGACAACCAGAGAUUCACCACUAAAGACAGAGACAAUGACAACUACUUCCAAAACUGUGCUAAACUGGAGUUUCAGGGGGUGCCGGGAGGAGGUUGGUGGUAUGACGCCUGUGCUGGUGCCAACCUCAAUCGCAGAAAUGUCAUUUACUGGCAGAAGGACUGCAACAAGGAGCGACUUUGCAAGUAUGCAUGGAUGAUGGUGAGACCAUCAGACACAGUUAAACUGGUUCAAAGCAGAGACUGCAAGAAGGAUGAGCUGUAAGGACACGGGAUUUCUAAGACUCUACGAUGCUGGGUUUGGCAACUAAGGCCAAGAGGUUAGGGGGUUACAUCAGUAACCUCCUAAUAGCAAUUAAACUGGACAUUAAAUUCACCACAUUUUAUUCAGAAAUGCAUGAACAUGUUCACAAAAUACUGAAAAGAACAAAUCAAAACAAAAAAAGAAUCACUAACUCUGAACACAGUAUAAAAAUGCAGUACGGUUUAGCUCUAGCUUUGUUUCCAUCGAUCAACAGGUCAACACAUGAAGCAAAGCAUCUCGUCAGUCCCCAAAUUGCAAGUGCAGAUUUCUGCUUCAUCACAGUUACAAAAAAGUGUUUCAUGACAUUAUAGCUUAUGACACAUGUAACAUUUUUUUUUAUCUGCAUGUCAUCUCUCAUCCAGUGUUUACACAGAGGAACAUUUCACAAACAGCAUUUUAUUUGCCACAGCACAUUACAAGUUUGCCAGAAAUACAAUGAAGAUAUGACGACAUACUGAUUUAGCUACAGUAAUUCCGAGAAAACAAAUACUGUAUUUCAAUGCUCAAAGAAAGAGAAAAUAUCCUGAGGAUGAAGACUAAUAAACAGAU